GCCGUUUUUCAGCAGAUCUCCAUAGUUACUUGGCGCCAGGAGCACAACAGCGUCCAUCACAUAGCACUGAUCUCUCAACAUGAUGCCUCCGUCGCCUCUGCGACUCAUCGCGAUGUUUAUCGGCAUUGUUCUCGCUAACAGCGCUUCGCCGCCCUUAUCGUCAGUACAUGCCCGGCCCCCGCGGCGGCUUCACUGCAUCCACGGCGGCAUGAAUCCAUCGGAUGACGGUCUCGUGGAGACCGCCUUUCCGCCUUCCCUGCCGCACCCUCCCCCACUAUCCGCCAUCAUCGACGAGGCCGUGUGGAACGCAUCGCUGCAGCUCGGCAUCACUGUCAAGAUGCUGCCGCCUGUCCCGCCACCAGAGCCGUCAGAGGACGCGCUGCGGACAGCUGAGUUGCCUGGCAAGAGGCACCGGGUGAACCCUCUGGCGGAGUUUGGCUAUGGAGAUCUAUCGCAGGCUGCAUUGCGCGAGCACCGCGGCUGGCUGCUGGGGCAGAUGGAGGCGCUCGUGGAGACCUGCGGCAUGCUGGAGAAAGAGCUGGGUGGCAAGGAGGAGGGCAAGAUGAACAAGAAGGACGACAAUGCGGCAGCUGCUCAGACAAAGGUGAUGCACGCCGUCACCUUGAAAACAUAUAUAUCCUGUGUCAUGUUUGCGUCAGCCCCUAUCUGCCCGCGGCAGUCGUCCCCUGGAAUGGGAGUUUGCUCUCAGCACGGCGUCGAGCCCCAAGAGCUGCCUGAUCAACAUCGAAGCGGAGGAGGGGACCAAGGUGGCUGGGCCAAAGGGCACUGACAAGUGGGUCACCUUCUCACAGCUCAACAAAUACAGGCGGAAGGACCCGCAAAAGGUGAGCAGGGCGGGGCGGGGUAGCGCAAGGUCGGUGAUCUGUCUGCGCACAUCGUUGUGUGGUCGUGCCCGGUGUGUGUGUGUGUGUGUGUGAUUGUGUCAGUUGCGAGAUUUGUGGUACGGGCAGUAUGACGUGGACUUUGGGCCGAUCAAUGAACUCGCCUCCACACAGGUAUGAGUGUGUGUGGCGUCACCCACACAUAACAACACGCGGUGCUUCUGUGCUGCUUCUCAUGCCUGUCCAUCCAUCCAUCAUCAGGCGCUUGCCGUGUCAGCGAUGCUCGACUCGCCCGUGCUGAUUCCCUCCUUAGUCAUCCUGUCGAUAGCAGGCGCCCUAGGCGUGUCUGCCGGUGCGCUGUGGGCGGUGCUGGUGCGGCUGCUCAACUCCCAUCUCUGGUGGCGGAGCUACGGCCUCUGGAGCAGAUUCCUCUAUGUCAGCGCGCCAUUCAAGAUACUCCUCGGCAGGUCCGCAAUGCUUCCACACUUGUUUGCGUAAGCGGUUGAUUCAUCUUGUGUGUUCGAUCGCUGUGCGCGCACCUGCAGGUGGGUGUACAGCAGCUGCCGCGAUGUGGUCAAGGCUCUUGCGGACGUGGUGCGCGACCGGCUGCUGGACCUGGAGUCCCACCUGCUGCAAGCGUCCCUCCCCGUCCCACCCGAAGAGACCGUGCCGAAGACACAACGCGACAAAGGCCAAGAAGGAGACCAAGACGACCAGGGUCUCGAGGACGAGCCAGAGGAGGAGCCACCAGAAGAGAGUGAGGAUGCACGCGACAGCCAAAGCAGUACAGAGCAGAGAUGGUGGCCAGGGAGGGACCUAUGGCGGAGGGUGCGGAGGCAGAGAGGGGGUGGACAGCGGGAAGGGGAGGACGCUGAGAGGGAUGAGCAGCAAAUGGAGGCGCAGGAGGGCGGGAUAUGACUGACUGACUGACUGCCGUGUGUGUGUGGGAUGGAUGAAUUCAUCCAGUCGGUCUGAUGAGACCAGACAUAACGGAUUGAUUGAUGUGCGGGUGUGUCUGUGAGUGAAUGCUUCAUGAUGGUCCGUCCGCUGGCGAGCAUCAAUCGAUGGCUUCUCUUCGAGGAUAUGAAAAAG